AUGUCAAGUGAUGAUAAAAAAUCACGUCAAAUUGCUAUUGCGAUUGAUCCAUUAUCUGAGGAAGCCAAUAAAACAAUUGAAUGGGCCAUGGAUAACAUAUUAAGAACUACGGAUGAAAUUCAUGCAAUCAUGAUCAUGGUUUUGGACUGUGAAUUUGGAGAGCAAGAGAAAAUGAAAGCAAUGGAGAAAAUGGUAGAUAAAAUUAAACAGAAUGGAUUUCAAGUAAAAUCACAUGUAUUCAAGACAGAUUCAACACAUGCAUGUAACGUCUUGAUUGAUUAUCUCGAUACACAUGCAAUGGAUUGUUUAAUUAUGGGGAGUCGAAAUUUAUCUGGCUGGAAAAAGUUUUUUAUGGGUAGUUUCAGUGACUAUGUGCAAUCUCAUGUCCACUGUCCUGUAUUGAUUGAUGUGGUCAACUUGGCAACAUAA